AACAAAAGGAACCUGAUGGAUUGGCCAUCGACGUUACAUGCUCUCGUUGACGGACGAUUUCGCUCAAAGGACAAACACCAGAACAUCAUCGUGUAAUCAACAGCAAGGCCAGUCCGAAAUGAGAAACACACGGCGUUGAUACCGGCUGAGUAGCUCAGGAAUAUGAGGAGCAUGAUCAAGCGCUCAUCAAUCAGUAAUCACAACAGUCAGUAUCUCAUGAAGAUGAUACCCAUUGAUGGGCUUAUAGCACUUCGAAAGGUCGCCUCCAACGUGCACAGAAUCAAAAAACUUGAGACGGUUCCCCUAGCUAGCUUCCGUUUCAGCACUCAGCAAGGGCAUAGAAAUCCGCUUGUAGUUCGAAGGACAACCUGCUCUCGGCUGUUUUGGACCAGAAAACUUGCAAGAUUUUCUCCACGUUCCUGACCGGCGAGUCUUCAAACAUCAAUUCGAUGAGACAAAGUUGCGCUCAACGUAUGUAUCGCUCUCUUACAAACAACACCAUUCUGUGUCAUCAGUAUAUUGCCCGCAAUCCUCCGUCGAUAUUGCCUCUUCGUACCGACCGCCAAAAACUGCGUGGAAUUUCUCUACCUGGAUUUGAGAACGAGACCAAGUGGGUUGUCAACAUUAGAAUUUUGAGUUUGAAAGUUUUCCUCUCAUCACCUAGUCAUUCUUUUACAUCCCUGCCGCUCAUUCAUCGCCAUGAAGGAAGAUCACGAGGAGAAACCAAAAAGCUCGCAUGGGUCUGGGGCCCCAGAAAUCAGUGCUUUUGGCGCUGCUUCAGCGCAGCUGGCGUGUCUUACCCUCGGUCACUUGGCUGCUCAUAUACCAGGUCCAAAUGCUUGGAAUCCCGGUCCAUUCAGCAUUAAAGAAACCACCUUCAGCUCAGUCAUGUCUGCUGCAGCUAGUGCUGGUGCCUUUUCGGUAGAAAUGAUUGGGGCGCGCGCUCUGCUAUUCGAUGAAAAGCCGCAAAUGCUUUACUCUUUAAUGGUCAUGUUCAGUAGCCAGAUGAUAGGCUAUGGUUGGGCAGGCAAAGUCGUUCUCCUGAAAAUCGUUAGAUUGCUGUGUCCUUUGUUGGUAUUCCCGGAAAACGUCGCGUUUCCAUCAGUAUUACCAUCGGUGGCAUUAUUUCAUUCAAUGUACAAAGCAAGCGAUCUCAGAAAAAAACAAGUUUCAUUCUUCAAAAAUGCAUUAUUAGGCAUUAGCAUCUAUGAGAUAUUCCCGACCUACAUCGCCCCCUCACUUCAAGCCAUCAGCCCAUGGUGUUUAGCAUUGCCUUCUGUUCCUGCCGUCUCUCAAUUAUUUGGGGGGAGUCAAGUUGGUCAAGGUCUUGGUUUUCUAUCUCUGAGUUUUGAUUGGACUGUCCUUGGUGCAGCUGGACCUUUAUAUACGCCCCUCGAAGCACAGUGUAAUCAAGGUGUGGCUUAUAUAGCGGCAAUUAUGCUGUUUUCUAUCGCACACAAACACAACUGGUUAGCUUUUGUUUGUUUUGCUGCUUCUGCUGCUUUUACAACUGCCAUCUUGAAGAAAUGGAAAACAAUUGUUUCUAUGGUUCGAAGGGAAGAGCUUUCAAUUGAUCCUGAUCGCGAAAUUUGUAGCAGAUUAAAAGAUUUUCCAAUGUGGGGAUUUGGAGCAAUCGCGGCUGUUGCGGUUGCCAUAGCCUUUAUUGCGUUAGACACAGGAAAUUCUGGACUCUCUAAUUUUGGACUCAUGACUGCUAUAUUGAUUUCAUUUAUCUUGAGUCUAGCAUCGGGAUUCUUCUACGGUACUACCGGAGUUCGUCUACACACGUCCCCAAUUGUGCAAAUGCUAGGUGGACUACUAUUUCCGGGAAAUGCACUUGGUACAAUGUUCUUCACGAUGUACGGGCUUUUGAACUUCUUGAUUUUUUUUCCUGCGCUGAGAAGCUUUACUUCUGAUUCAUCAACAACAGCUUCGGGGCUUCGACAGCGUCUCAGUCUACUCUGAUGCUUAAAGAGUUGAAACUGGGACAAUACUUACACAUGUCAUCAUUUGAAGUAGUGAUUGGACAACUGAUAGGAACAGAAUUCCCUAAGCUUCACCUGGAUAGGUUCAACAUUGCUCUCUUUGCAGGAACAUUUUAUGAGUGCAUACAAGGUGUGACCAGUGGAUAUACCCUCAAGUUGUUUCUUGGAUUCAUGUCACAGUUCUAUUGUAAAAGAUACCACAAUGCAUGCUACAUUCUUAGUGCUGCACUUGAUGGAGGGACUCAAAUUACAAUAGUAUUACUCACAUUUCUACUUCAAGGAGGAGCUGGGGUUACUGUGAAUUUCCCUCAUUAUUUUUUAAACCCUGCUCAUGGGCCACGCGACUACUGUUAUGCUGAUACUUUAGAUAAAACAGAAUGA